GUGCCGCGCCUGCACGGUUAGGUCGGAGCGCCUCAGGCCCUCAGCCAAUGACGGGGACGCCCCUGUAAAGGGUGGCCGAAGGGCUCGCGGUCGCGGCGAGGUGAGGUGACGCGCUGGGUCAUUUAUAUCUGUGGUGCCGGGCGGGGGGCGUGUAGCGCAGCGUAGCCUGUAGCUCCCUGCUGCGGCGUCGCGGACAGCGGAGUGCACGGCAGCGUCUCAGGCGCCGGCGGCGAGCCUGUUGGCCGGCCGGGGCAGGGAAGGCGUCGGAAUUAAAAGAGCAGCGGAAGUGGACAUGGCUGGAGUUCCGGAGGCGGACGAGGCGGCGGAGGGCGGCGGAGGAGGAAUACGCUCCGUGCUGGCCAUGGGAUCGCUGGUCUCUCCCUCCGGGAACGAGGUGGACUUUGCAGAGCUCGAUGGCAAGAUCAUCAGCCUCUACUUCGCUGCGAACUGGUACCCGAAAUGCGAGGCCUUCACCCCGGUGCUGGCCGCGGCGUACCAGCAGCUCAAGGCGCGCGGCGCCGGCUUCGAGGUGGUCCUGGUGUCGUGCGACGAGGACCGGCCGUCGUUCGAGAGGUUCCACCGCACCAUGCCGUGGCCGGCCGUGCCGUUUGGCGACCUCCAGUGCAAGAAGCGCCUCAGCGAGCGGUUCCAGGUCGAGGGCAUCCCGCGCCUGGUGGUGCUCGCCCCGGACGGCGAGGUCGUGCACCCGGACGCCGCCGACCUCGUGCACCGCUACGGCGAGACGGCGUUCCCGUUCUCGGCGGCGAGAGUGGCGGAGCUGGAGGCAGACGACCAGCGCAAGUACGCGUCCCAGACGCUGGAGAAGCUCUUCUCCAUGGACGGGAUCGGGAAAGAGUUCGUCACCGGUCGCAACGGACAGGUCCCGAUCUCGAGCCUGGUGGGGAAGACGGUGGGCCUCUACUUCUCGGCGCACCAGUGCGCGCCGGGCAUGAAGUUCACGGAGAAGCUGGCGGCCAUCUACAGCAGCCUCAAGGGCAAGGCGGAGGACUUCGAGAUCGUGUACGUCCCCAUGGACAAGGAGGAGGACGGCUACCUGCGCUCGUGCGGCGACAUGCCGUGGCUGGCGCUCCCCUACGACGGCGCGCCGUCGCGGGCGCUGGCGAGGUACUUCGACGUGCGGGAGAUCCCGACGCUGGUGGUGCUCGGGCCCGACGGCAAGACGGUGACGCGGGACGGCCGGAACCUGGUGAACCUCUACUUCGACAUGGCGUUCCCGUUCACGGACGCGCAGAUCAGGCUGCUGCAGGAGGCGGAGGACGAGGCAGCCAAGGGCUUCCCGCAGUCGCUGCGCCACCGGGGCCACCGCCACGAGCUCUGCAUCGUGUCGGAGAAGUCCGGGGGAGGGCCCUACAUCUGCUGCGAGUGCGAGGAGCAGGGGCUUGGCUGGGCGUACCAGUGCAUCGCCUGCGGCUACGAGAUCCACCUCAGGUGCGGCCGCGACCGCGAUGAGGAGGGCGGCAGCGCAGGAACCGGUUAGCCACGAGUUAACAGGAUCACGAGUAUCUAUCUAGGCUAGCUGUGUACUAUUGCAAAAGAUCUUCGUUUUGUUCCCAACAAACUUCAGCCAGCUUGCUCUUGUCAAGUCUGAUGCUAAAAUAGAUGAGAAAAGAAAUGACCUUCGUUGCAAGGUUUUUAGGUGGUUGGCUGAGUGCUGAAGAAUUGCAGCUGCAGCCUUGCAGGUGUUGAGCAAACCUUGAUGCAAUACCCAAUCUAUCUAAUGAUGCAUUUCUA